CGCACUAGGGGAACUCCGUGUCCCAGAAUGCCUUGGGGGCAUGGGCGUCACUUCCGUUGUGUUGGAAGCCGGGGAGACUUGAGUUCAGGAGGCGUGUCCACUUUGAGAGCGUCGGCUAGCAGCUCCGGGGCAAGCCCGGUUGAAGACGGACUGACGUUAGGGGAGUGUCUUGCAUGGGGUUCGGGGUUGGGGCCAGGUGGAGGGGCGAACCCCUGUGUUUCUACGCAUCCUUUCCGUAGAUGUCCCAUAUGGAGCUGCCGUCGGACCCGGGUGACCAAGACCUGCUGGACUUCCUGCUAGAGGAAAGCGGAGAUUUGGGGGCGGCGAUCCACGAGGCCGUGGAGGCUCCGCUAGACUGGGAGCUGCCGCUUUCUGAGGUACUGAGGGAUUGGGAGGCCGAGGAUUUCCUGAGCUCUCUGCUGAGUCCCCCGGCGUCGUUGAACGUUCUCAACUCUUCUAACUCCUGUCCUGUCCACCAUGAUCACACCUACUCUGUACCACAGGAACGUAUUUCCAUAGAUCUAGAUAGCGGGAGCUAUGGAAAAGAGGGGGCCCAGAUGACUCCACUGCAUGUAGAGGAGCCAGCAGAGCAGGCCAUCUCCCUGGAACCCCAGGAGAUUGCUAGGCUGAUACUGACAGAUGAGGAGAAGAGGCUGUUGGAGAAGGAGGGGCUUACUCUGCCUGGGACACUUCCUCUCACUAAGAUGGAAGAACAAGUUCUGAAACGAGUACGGAGGAAGAUUCGAAACAAAAAGUCUGCUCAGGAGAGCCGCAGGAAGAAGAAGGUGUAUGUGGGGGGUUUAGAGAACAGGGUCUUGAAAUACACAGCCCAGAAUCUGGAGCUACAGAACAGAGUACAGCUCCUGGAGGAACAGAAUCUGUCUCUUCUGGAUCAGCUGAGGAGACUCCAGGCCAUGAUGAUUCAGAUAUCAAACAAAACCAGCAGCAGCAGCACCUGUGUUCUGGUCCUACUGUUCUCCUUCUGUCUCCUCCUCGUACCUGCUAUGUACUCUUCUGACACAAGGGGGAGCCUGCCAGCUGAGCGUGGAGUGUUGUCUCGCCAGCUUCGUGCCCUCCCCAGUGAGGACCCUCACCAGCUGGAGCCGCCUGCCCUGCAGUCAGAGGCACCAAAGGACAGCUCAGACCACGUGCUCCAAGCUCCUGGCAACUUUUGCUGCCUGUUCUACCACGUGCUUCAGGCUCUUGGCGCAGAGCCUCCCCUGAAGUUGCCACUCCCUGACCCCUUCUCAAAGUCCCCCUGUCCAGGUCCUAUCUUUCCUCUGCACACAAAUCGCACAGGAGGGGGGAUGACUUCCUACUCACAGCCCCACACCUGUCAUCUUGCAGGGCCCAUACUUAGGCUAGAUGUGAGGAUGUGGGGGACCUCAGCAAGAGCCUGGGGCCCCCAGUCUGUGUCCAAAUAAAAAGGAAUGGGAGAGGGCUAGCCUCAGCUCCUGUGCCCUGUCAGGAAGCCUGAGGGCUCAAACACACCACACUUACUGGC